ACGGCCAGCAGCAGCAGCAAACACAAGACACUCACUCACUCACUGAGACACAGCCGCUGCAUCCAUCCUGCCUUUGAGCGCUGACAGACGCCGCAUACCAUCACACACACUCUCACUCUUCAGACAAGCAAAACAAAAAAAAACUCCACAAAUCUAAACACAUCCAUCCUUUCCACCACCAACCCCCCAAAAAAAGAAAUUCUGAAUGCAAUGCUGGUUUUACUGUAAAACAUCCACGAGGUCCUUGGUGGUCAUUCGGAAUCCGCAAUAAGCAAACUUUCUUUAAAAAAAACAAACAACAGAAAGCAUCACCAGAGGGAGAGAGAGAAAGAGCAACAUUUGCCGAGAGACACCCGCAGCUGACAAUGUAAAGCCAGAGGAUUUUCACCCGCUCCUGGGAAGGAAGAGAAGUGGCAGACCGCUCAGGGCGUCGCUGCAAGCCAUCCCCUCGCGUCUCCUUUUAUUUAAAAAAAAUCAUUGAUUUGUUUGCCCGGAAAACAGAAAGUUCCUCAUGGCUCUGAUCAUGGAACCUGUCAGCAAGUGGAGCCCGAAUCAAGUGGUGGACUGGAUGAAAGGCCUUGAUGACUGCCUGCAACAAUACAUUAAGAACUUUGACAGGGAAAAAGUUAGUGGAGAUCAACUUCUGAGAAUCACUCAUCAGGAACUAGAGGAGCUUGGGGUCACUCGUAUUGGCCAUCAGGAGCUGAUCUUGGAGGCAGUAGACCUGUUGUGUGCUUUGAACUAUGGACUUGAAACCGAGAACCUCAAAACAUUAUCGCACAAACUCAACGCCUCCGCUAAAAAUCUCCAGAAUUUCAUAACUGGCCGGAGGAGGAGUGGGCACUAUGAUGGAAGGACUUCAAGAAGGUUGCCAAAUGAUUUCCUGACGUCAGUAGUGGAUCUCAUAGGUGCUGCUAAAAGCCUUCUGGCAUGGCUGGACAGAUCUCCAUUUGCUGCCGUGACAGACUAUUCUGUUACUAGAAACAAUGUGAUUCAACUCUGUCUGGAACUGACCACUAUUGUACAACAAGACUGUACUGUUUAUGAAACUGAAAACAAGAUUCUUCAUGUGUGUAAAACACUCUCAGGUGUUUGUGACCACAUUAUCUCCCUAUCUUCUGAUCCGCUGGUUUCACAAUCUGCUCACUUGGAGGUGGUUCAGCUGACAAACAUCAAACCCAGUGAAGGAUUGGGAAUGUAUAUCAAAUCAACAUAUGAUGGGUUACAUGUAAUAACUGGAACAACUGAGAAUUCUCCUGCAGAUCGGUGCAAGAAAAUCCACGCUGGGGAUGAAGUGAUUCAGGUCAAUCAUCAAACUGUGGUAGGAUGGCAGUUGAAAAACUUAGUAAAUGCACUUCGGGAAGAUCCCAAUGGGGUCAUCUUAACCUUAAAGAAACGUCCUCAGAGCAUGCUUACAUCUGCACCUGCUUUGCUAAAGAACAUGAGAUGGAAACCUCUUGCACUGCAGCCAAUUAUCCCAAAAAGUCCAACUGGUAGUGUUGCCACGCCAACCGGUACUCUCUGUACACCUACAAAACGAGAUAGUUCUGCACUUCAGGAUCUUUUUAUCCCCCCUCCUCCAUCCGAGCCAUAUACUCCCAGAAGGCUGGGAGGUUCCAGUAUCUCUAGAAUUAACAGGGAUGAUAAAGGGAACCUGCCCAUUGAGGAUUCCAGCAGACAUGCUUUGGGCAAACCAGUGCAUAAAGGAUCAGAGUCACCCAAUUCUUUCCUGGAUCAGGAAUAUCGAAAACGCUUCACCAUGAUUGAAGGGGAUGCGAUGAUUGUCAGCUAUGAUUACGACACCAGCAGGUCAAGUGUUCCAGGCAGAAGAGAAAAUACCCUGACCUAUGGUAAACUAAGGCCUAUUUCUAUGCCAGUGGAAUACAACUGGGCAGGGGAGCAUGAAGAUUUAAAUAGACCGAAAAGAGAUGGAAGAAGAGAAAGCUCACUGAUGAGAUACAUGAGCGACGAUAAGAUCCCUAUCAUUCAAGAGGAGUAUUUAUCUAAAAGAGACACUGGCAAGCGAUCCAGAAAGAAAAGUGACAAAUUAAGCAGUCCCAACCAUCCUAUUAGCCAUUAUGCACUGCCAACACCAGUACACCUAGAUGCUGUUCGACAGGAUUCUCUAAGUACACCUCUGCCAGAAAACAACACCAUCACUCUGUAUCAUACAUUUCAGCAGUCCCUGGGGCAGAAAUCCAAAAAAAGAAACAAAGACAGAUAUGGGCCGGGAUUUUUAAAUGGGUCUGGAAGAGUCCGGAGGGCAGAUCGGGGUCAGACUGGCCGGCCACAAGGUGCUGUGACAGCAAUGAGCAGGAGAAGAAUUUCUUGUAAGGACCUUGGUCGUGGAGACUGUGAAGGCUGGUUAUGGAAGAAAAAGGAUGCCAAGAGCUACUUCUCACAAAAAUGGAAAAAGUAUUGGGUUGUAUUGAAGGAUGUCUCUCUGUACUGGUACAUGAAUGAAGAAGAUGAGAAGGCUGAAGGAUUUAUCUGCCUUUCUGAGUUCAAAAUUGAUCGAGCAAGUGAAUGUCGGAAAAAGUAUGCCUUCAAAGCAUGCCACCCUAAGAUUAAAAGCUUCUACUUUGCAGCAGAUAAUAUGGAUGAUAUGAACAGGUGGCUGAGCAGGCUGGGCUUAGCAACAGUGGGAUAUGCAGAAAAAGAGCAGCGACUCAAACAAGAUCAAGAUUAUUGGAGUGAAAGUGAUCAAGAGGAUGCAGAUACCCCAUCAACCCCCAAGCAAGAGAGUCCACCACCUCCUUAUGACACGUACCCCCGAGCACCUUCAGUGAACUGUGCUAGUCCAUACCUUGAACCUAAGCACAACAGACUGUCGUCUACGGAAACCUCUCAUUCUCAUUCAUCCCAUGAAGAAUUCCGACCAGAACCUGCAGGAGGUACUGAGUCACCCGUUCGUAAACCAGGGGCUUGGGAACGGCGUUCAUGGCAAGAUCUAAUAGAAACUCCACUGACCAGCUCAGGGCUGCACUAUCUCCAGACUCUUCCUCUUGAGGAUUCUGUGUUUUGUGAAGCAGGCUUACCAACACCAGAACAUCGGAGGCAGUCAACUUUGCCAGCUCAGAGGUGCCAGAUCCAGGAUCACUAUGGACCCUUCCCAUUAGCAGAGGGUGAACGAUGGCCUGGAAUAAGUGGUGGGGGGUGUAAACCACGCAGUUUCACUCUACCUCGAGAUGGUGGUUUCAGUCAUUCCUGUCAAAACUCCACAAUCUGCGUCCCUGGAGUUCAGGUUGAAUUGGCUCAGAAACAAGAAAUCGAGGAAGAAAAGCAAGAAGAAAAUGAACCCACACCAGAGAAAACAGGGGACUCUUUGCAGGAUUUGUACAAGGCAUUGGAGAACGCCAGUGUGUCUCCAUUAGGAGAGCAUCGACUUUCCACCAAACAGGAAUUCAAGAGGUCCUUUGUAAAGAGAUGCGACAAUCCAGUUAUCAAUGAAAAAUUGCACAAGCUUAGAAUUCUAAAGAGCACAAUUAAGGCAAAAGAAGGAGAAGUAGCGAUUAUAGACAAGAUUCUAGACAAUCCCAGCUUGACAUCCAAAGAGUUCCAGGGAUGGAAACAAACCUAUGUAGAGCUGUUCAUGGAAAUCUGUCAGAACAAUGCAGCCACAGAACCAGUAAACGUGACAACUGAACAAGCUGCAUCCACACCUACACCACCUCUGAUGCACACCCAUUCAUACAUUGAAACCCAUGUAUGAACAGUUUCUCAGCAGGCCUUGUAUUAAAUAUAAUCAUUUUUUGACUGCUUACUUUUUACUGGUGAGUCAUGAUGUAAGUAUUUUCUUAGUACAGAGACUCCGAUUUAAUUCAAAUGUAUGUUGACUUUGCAUUAGAUACUGGAUUCAAAUGGGGAGGUGUUAUAGUUUGACUGAAGAGACACUGUGUCUUUGUAAGAUUCUUGGGCAAGCUUUGUCCCUCCUUAUAAAUAGAUGUCUUGAUGAUGCCACUUGGGUCAUGAUAACAUCGUUCUGUGGCUUACAUGUGAUGUUAUUGUGAUGUGCCAAUGAUAAAAAUGACAUUGAGAUUUUUUUCCCUACCAGAAUGGCAGUCAUGCCCUUGCAAGUUGACUGAUAUAAAUAAGUUAGCAUGAAAAGAACCUAUGAAGAAUUUGAGCUCAUAGGUUUCAUAUUGUAUUUCCUUUUUUUCCUUCUGCACACAUGUUGCACAUGAUUCUCUGAACACAGAUGUAGCAGGUUAUGAGGAAUGGCCUGAAAAUGGAUCUGCUUUGUACUAUCAAGCCCCCUCUAGCUCAUAUGCGUUAGGCACUUGGAUAAGUGGAAUAUCCCUCUCUCUGUCACACUGUCUCCCUCCCUCUCCUCCUCCUCUGAAAACUGCCACAUUACAGUGCAGUGCAUCGAUACAGCCAUAGCUUCCAUCCCCAUAACCCAAUAAGACCAUCUUUAGAGACUCAGCCCGGUAGAAUGAGACAUUAGAAGAAAAAUCACCGUGCUGCUAAUGCCACUACCAGCUACCAUUUUUUCCCCCAGAGUUCUCAAAUGGAAGCUUAUCUGCAGCAUGCCAGAGACUUGUAGCAGAAUGCAAAUUGAGAUUCUGUGAUGUGCAUGCUGCAAUUACAAGGUUAAAUUGGACACAUUGUGCCAGGCACCUUUUUAUAUUGGGAAAUAUACAGUCAAAGCAGCAAAUACAAAACUUCUCUCAAGAUGUGGCCUUUAGUGUGGGGCCAAGAAGAACAGUACACUCUUUCUGACCCAUUAAGAGAAACAGGUUGGUUCUUACACUUUCCAAAGCUUUCCAGCAUCACCUCACAGUUCCCUGACACCCCUUCUACUAUGCCCAGAUUCUCGCUCUUCUAUUAUCUGCAUAUCAGCAAGAUGCAUCAGGGUACCAAUAGCUCACUGGCAGAAUGUAAAUCAGGCCUGUUAAUGGCUUGACCCUCACACCAGUACAAAUAGCCAGUACACCUCAUUCGCAACCUGCCCACGAUUGCUUAACUGCAUUCCACCAGUUAUCCAUCUACAUUUCACCCACUGCUUGCCUGUGCAGCACCCACUGACCCCUCGAGCUCUGCUUGCAGCACCCGCUUGCAUCUUGUCCUCUGCCAGCAGGCGUCCUGACCUGUGCUCAUGCCCACCGAGUCUUCACCUGCUACCUUCCCAGUUUCCACCCACACCAUGUCCAUGCUGUGCCUGAUGUCAAAGUCAGCCUUAAAAUAUUUAUAUUAAUGAUGUUUUAUUCUGGCCUGGAAAGAAUAAGCUUCAGAUCAAGCUGUCUUCAAGCUUGCAAUCAGAUCAGCAAUAAAAGCAUGAUUGUAUUAUGCGAAUGUGUGAUUUAUGUAUAAUUAAAGAAUCUUCAGUUUUUAAAACUGUCACAAUAAUUUGCCAUAAUUUUAAGCAAAUCUGUAAAAUUAGCUCUUGGCCCUUCUGGAAAAAUAUUCUAGGUCUAUUUGACUGCAUCUUUAUGGUUUAGCUCUGUUCUUCAUGCACCUGCAUUCAUGCUCAUCACAGUACAAAAAAAAUUGACUCACCAUUUAAACCAUCACUUGUCCCUUCGUUCUUUGAACAAAGUUAACUAUUUAAUGGAGACAUGCAUAAAAUAGUCAAUCAUGUACUACUAGUUCAGCAACCCUCAUACGCCCCCAUAAAUCCUGAGCACAGUGAAAUUUGAAGGAGAUCUAACUAUUGAAACUUUAGCACACCACAGUUCAAGAAUGGUUCAGCAUCAUGAAAUGUAGAAGUGUAGCAAUGCAGAGUGGUCAUUUCUCCAUUUCACUGAACUCCUGUCUCAGUUACAGUAUUUAGGGGAAAUAUCACACAGAGGAGAGUUAUAACCAGUUGCUAUUGUGUUCUAACUGGUGACCAGUUGAAGAAUGGCUGAGACCAGUGAUUAAAUCAAUCAUCAUGGAAGCAGUGCAAAUAGCAGAAAGCCUGAAGGGUAUUCAUAUCUCAGUACCAGUUUGUCCUGCAUGCAGUACUUUACAUUUAUGACUGAAAUUAUAGUGUUCUUAUUCUGAAAGUCUUGAACAGGUUGAGCUAAAUUCUGUCACAUAAUCUUUGAUUUAUGAAUGGUUUCAUUGUGGUGUUUUGUUUGCAAUCAAAUGAAGACACAAAUAAUUUGCAGGCAGAGAAGUUCCAUUAACCUCACCUUAUUUGGACAGUCUGCAAUUCAGAAAGGUCCAUUUGUUUGCAGAACUAUGGUUAUUAAGACAUCCCUUUUGAAAUUAGGGUAAUUAUCUUCUGCAGUACUGCAUUACAAAAUUAUGAAUUUUGCCAUGCACUGUGUAUUUACUAUUACUUCAUAAGAUUUCCCCAAUCAAAAAUUGCUGUUAAACAGCAAGUAAUGCCAUUUCUUGUUUGAAUUGAACAUAUCAACUUGAAACCUGAUCCAGAAUGUAGAAAGUAGCCAUUGAGUUACAUGAUACAUUCUAUCACCCAAUGUAAAAUAAUAACCAACAUUACCCAAGUCAUGCCUAAUGAUGAUAUGGAACAUUCAAUCACACAACACAAUAGAACAGUAUAUGGUGAAAAUGUCUCAGCAGCCUGGAGGACAAUUACUUGAUUGACCAUGCAUGCUAUUUUCGAGUCAAACCAGAUUGUGAAAGGGUUGGACUUGAAUGCUAAUUGUAACCAUUUGAAAUAUUGUUCCCAUUCAUUGGGUGCUACAUGCACUCCUUAGAGCUCCACCAUGGCAUCUGUGGCAGAUAUGCAUGUUCUAGGCAUUGGCAAGCAUGCAUUGAAAAUCUCCUGGCAGUAUACACCCACAAUUUACACUGAUUGUUUCAAGAUUCAAGAGUCUAGAUUUCCUGACAUAUAGGAUGUCCAUCUUACUGCCAUUCCAUAAUAAUGUUCAUGUGAAGGCUGAGUACAAAUUCUGUGACCACAAGAUGAUCCCCAAAAUACAGCCACAAGACUGGCAUUCAGGAUAUCCUAGGCCUGAUGUAAUUUUAAUAAUUCUUGCUGACUUCCAAUGAGGCACAGAUGUCAAUGACUAUGGCUGUGGACUUUUAGAACCAAAUUGGAAAAUGCAUUAGCAAAUAAAUCAAAGAUCAAGGGGAAAGAAGAGAAGUCAAAAGGUCCUUGUCAAAAUUCAGAAUGCAUAUAUUACACAUACUACUUGUCUAAAGACAAAUGCCAUUUAAGAAUCAAUUAGAAAUAUAACAGAGGUCAUUUUGACCUUGAUCACAUAGCCAAAUAAAUUGACAGAGCAGAUUGUUUAAUUGAUAGCUAUCUGAUAGGAAUGUGAUAGCAUUGGAGUGUGCGCAGAGGAGAUAUACCUGGGUGUUGCCCAGGCUAAAGUAUUUUAGCUAUAAAGAAAGAUUGGACAGACCAAGGUUGUUUUCCUGAAAGCAGAAGAGAUUGAAAAGGACUGUGAUUGAGAUGUAUAAAAUUAUGAGGGGCAUAGGCACGGUGGAGAGGAUAAACAUUUCCGCUUGAUGAAGUGAUCAAUGACCAGGCAUAGAUUUAAGAGAAGAAGCAAAAGGUUUAAAGGAGAUGUGAGGUUGUUCACUUGGAGAGUGGUGGGAAUCUGGAAGUCAAUAACUGUAAAGAUGGUAGAGGCAGAAAUCCUCAUAACAUUUAAGAAGUAUUUAGACGUGCACGUCUGAUGCCAAGUCAUACAAGACUAUAGGAUAAGUGCUUGGAAAUGGGAUUAGAAUAGUUAGCUGGUUGUUUUUGACCAGCACAGACACAAUGAGCCUUUUUAUGAGCUGUCGAUCUCUAUGACUCUAUUCAUUUCCACUGAAAUAAAGAAAAAAAACUCAUUUCUAUAAUGAAUGAGUAAUGCACUCUGUCACUUUAUUGCCCAAAUAUUAAGGUAAAAAGUACCUCCAAAUGGUGGAGAUAUUCAGCAGGAUAAACUGUUAAUAUCUUAAUUUGAACCCUGACUCUACAGCACCCAUCUCUGCUAAUUUCUUCAUUCUGUUUUGUUCUAACUUAUUUUGUAUUUUACUACCUAAUUUCUAGUUUUCUAUGUUGCUUUAAACAGGUGUGCGUUGUUCAUCAUUAUUUUAUCACCUCAUCAUAGAUGUGCACAUAACCUAGAUACGUAAAUUCACAAGUUUUUUUGAUGUACGUUAUUGUAAACAGCUCAGGACCACUGAUGGUCAGUAUAGUUUUCAAGACCUAUUAACAGUAUUCAAAACUCAAUUAUUUCAUAUGGAGAUUUCCAUAGUUGGAUCUCAACUGUGCACACCUCUUCAUUCUUAGCUUCCAUUGCAACAGUUACUGUGAACCUUGAUCAGUAAUCACUGUCAUUCCUGUUGUAUGAGGUUUGGACUCCAGUAAACUGGGUGCCACUUUCAGCCAGAAUGUUAUAGAUUUGCAUUCAAGUAUGAUGAAGAUGGGCUUUUAAAUUCUGGGAUGAUUUUUGUUUUAAAUUUAAUUUUCAGGCUGCGUGAAUCAUUGGCAAGCCCAAACGUUUUGCUUAUUCAUAUUUACACUCGUGUUGGGUCUUGCUCCUGAGCCACAGAUAGAGGUUUGAUGCAAGUGGGUGGUUUGCUUGACUAUUUCAGAGGAUAGUAAACCAUCCUUGCAAGAGUAUAGAUUCAUAUAUCAUCCAGUCUGGGUAAGGACAGUAAGUUUCCAGUCCUAAGGGCAUUAGUGAACCAGUUGGACUUUUAUUACAAUCUAACAGCUUCAUGGUCACUUAACCACUUUUGUGCCUACAGUGAAAUUUAAUACACCAUAAUUUCUUUUUCAAUACCUGUCAAAACUAUGAACACUUGGUAAUGGCAAAAAAACUCAAAGAUUUACUAUUCUCACAAAAAAAAUUAUUGUUACAAUGAUAUACAGUGAAGUUGUUUGCACAUGAUAAUAAUGUACCAAAGGAAACAAAAAUUGCACUUUCUACGUAUUUACAAUAAUCCAACCACUCAAAGCCAGAAAUAGGGAACAUUUUAUAUUUUAGAAGGAAAUUUCAAUUAAAAUUAAAUAUAACAAAUACACUUCAUGUAUUAUUGGAAAUAUUAGAAUUGUGCAGUACAGUAGGUGAUUGGUUUUGGAAAGGCAGAGCAUUUGCAUUUAACACAAAUGAUUAUGUGACAUCAGGACUGAUUUUGAAUUAAACCGGGACUUAGCAAAGACUUGUCAAGAUAUUAUACAAAUUAAGUAAACUUGAUAUAGUCAAACAUGAGUUACAUUGAAUGAGUGUCUUGAUAGUGAAAUAAAGAUUUUUCCAGCAGUAGCAAUUUAAUCUGACUUUCAAUGAAAAAAUUAAAUUUGUGCCAAGCACAGUGAGACUAGGUUGUCUUUGCAGGUUUUUUAACCUAACGUCAAAUUACAGAUCGGUGUACUCAUGAUCACAAGCUCUGCUGUUGCUGCUAUUGCAAGCCUGUAAUUUAUACUUGAGCAAUGUCUCGUAUUAUUCCAACAUUACUGCUGUAAAUUAAAUAGUGGACUUAAAUGACCACGUAUGCUAACAGAUCUUUUCGCACAUUGUAAUGACCAGUUACUUGUGUAUAUAUGCAGGAAUCUAAUGCUUUAAAAAACAAAAAAAAAACACAAAAAAUGCAUCAUCAGUUUAAGAAUUAUAUACUUUUUGUGUGUGAAUUAAGCUAAUUUUAGAGGUUAUAUCUGCAACAGGGAGGGAGGAACUUUAUAAAAAAAUAAUAUUUCAAAAGACCGUUUUUUGAACCAGAGUAUAUUCUAAUUCUGAUCAUUUUCCUAACUGUCCACUGCAAGUGAACAAGAAAGUGGCCUUCUUUCAGAACAUGGAAUAUGAAUUCACUCCAUGAAAGACAGGCAAACAAUAAUGCCCUUUGAUUUGGAUAGAUUCCAAAUCAAGGCUGAAAUCUAAAAAGAGAUAUUUGUAUAAACUAAAAAAAAUAUAUGUACUGCAUGGGUACUGACAAAUGAAUUGUGAAGUUUUAUAUAAUAAUUGUCAUUAUUUCAAAGAGAAAUACUUGAGUAAGGAUAUCAAGUUGUGGCACUUACACCAAGCAUUAUGCCUCUGUUGUACUGUACAUUGUGACAGAUUUUUUUUGUAAUGGACCAAAAAAAUAAAGUGUAUUGAUAUAAGGAAAAUUAUUUCUACUUUGAGUGUAGUUUACAGGCUUUAAAGAUGAUGUAGUUAUAACCUUGUUUUGAAGAAUAAAGAUCUGUUGCUGUGCAACAGCUUUAUGGUUUGCACUUUACUUAGUAAAGAAUUGCAUUCAAUGUUUUAAAUUUUGAAAGCUGUUUCUCAAAGACUGCAUUAUUCCUAAGUGGCAAGUGUAGCAUGAAGUCAUAAAGUAGUCUUUCUUGUGAUACCUACAUGAAU